AUGUCGCUCUCUGAAGCAGAGGUGCAAAGUGCCCGUGGUGCCUGGGAGAAGAUAUAUGUGGAUGCUGAAGACAAUGGGACAGCUGUGCUGGUCAGGAUGUUUACCGAGCACCCAGACACCAAGUCCUACUUCACACAUUUCAAAGGUAUGGACUCUGCUGAAGAGAUGAAACAGUCAGAUCAAGUCAGGGGCCAUGGCAAGAAGGUUUUCAGUGCCAUCAACGACAUGGUGCAACACCUGGGCAACUCUGAGGCUUUUCUUGGGAUAGUGACCCCACUCGGCAAGAAACAUGCCACCCAGCUGAAGAUUGACCCCAAAAACUUUAGGAUUAUCUGUGACAUUAUUUUACAAUUGAUGGAGGAGAAAUUUGGUGGAGACAGCAAAGCUUCAUUUGAGAAGGUGACCAAUGAAAUCUGCACCCACCUGAACAAUAUCUACAAAGAGGAGGGUUGGUGAGGAUGUGAACCUUCCAGGCUCUUUAAACAACUUGCCAGCACUGAUUAGCUGCUUUUGGGCCCCCAGCCACAGCUGGAAAAAUUAAAAUUUAAAAAUAAAAACAGGCAAGAAAAAAGGCUUACACAAUAUAGAUAUCAAUGUCAAUAAUUUUCUUAGCAAACUGAGUUUCUACAGCUAAACAAAACCCACAGAUACAUCAAAGUCAACCAACAAAUCCCAAUGUGCUUUGCAGUUUCAGCAUUUCAGGUGGGUUCCUCUGGCCACCGUCCUUGAAGAUUACAUUUUAAGAUGGUGACUUUAAGCUUUCUAUUCCUAAAAGAAAGACUUGCUCCUUCCAGCAGCACCAGCAGCUCUUUGGCUCACCUACCACCUCUCCAUCCUCAUGGAUGACCUGAAGGAGACCAUUUUGAAGCAUCUCCAGAAUCUUGGUAGAGGUCAUUAUUUAAAAGGCAUGAGUAUUGUUUUGUGUUUGCACUUAAACAAGGGGGAAGUGGUGUACGGGAAUGACCAUCUGAGAGAUAUGAGGGAAGUCCCAUCUUGCAUGAACCAGGAGAGUCACCCAACCUUGGUUUCUCAGAGCAGCUUUCAGCACGAGGGAUGACAACAUUGAGUGUAGUCACCACUGGACCCCUCUGGGCAGGGAGGAACAUCUUCAGGCUGUGGAUUUCAAUGUGUUACUCCAAGGAAACUACUUGGGUUGCAUUCCCAGAUGAAGCAAGAGUUGAGUUCACUGGCUCUUGUUCACUCAAAAUGCACCCAGCUGAUGGAGACUGCUGUCUCACUGCAUGGGCAGCACGGGGGAGCUCAACCUGACAUGGAAUUCAUCCUGUCCAGUCAAACAGCCUGAGCCUUCCUUCAGAGCUAAAUGGGUCCUGAACUAUUUAAUUAUUUUUCUUUGUAUUCCUUAGACUCGGUGAAAUAAUCAGCUAAUAACUGCAAAUAACCCCAUGCUGGUUUGCUUCAGUGUGAUGCAAUAAACACAGAAAAAGCAGAUGUACCCUCUCAUUUGCUUCACAGAAAAGGUGAUGUGCAGCAGUGGCAGCUGGUUACAGUGCACUUUUAUUGGUGGUUCUGGGGGGUUUCCAAAACCAGCUCAAGCUCCCACCCAGGCACCCAUCACACUUGUGGCAGUCAGGCUCCUCAUGGUUUUCACUUAACCAUGAAGCAACAGUUAUGUAAACAAGUAAAAAUGCAGAGUUUUCCUUCAUUCAACAUGUAGUUUUCCUCACCCACUGCAUUUGGCAA